AUGCUUUGUGUAACUUCAGCUAUAUUUCUUUUGGACAGAAUAAAAAAUAGCUGCGUACAUUCCACUCUUUCCCACAAUAUAAGGCACGUCACUUUUUAUAUUCGCACGAUAUGCCGUCUCUGUUUCCCAACACAUGUGCUUAGUUUCACCGACUCAGCUGAACGCUACGGUUUGGUUUGGUUGUGCGUCCUACUUGGUUGUCAUCUCUUCCUGUUUUCGUUUAUAACUAAGGAAUACACAGAAGGAUGGACUAGAACUCAAAACGCUUUGUGCCGUCCGUCAAAUAGAUAG